AUGUCGCAAUUAGCGACACUUAUUCGAGUAGCUAAACAUGCACUUGAUGGUUCCACUAUUUAUCCUCAUAGCGGACAAAAUACCAUCUACUAUCAACCUUUGGAUUUAUCAUCCAUACCAACGAAUUCAGUUUCGCCAAGCAAAUAUCUUUCUUAUACGAUUCCACAAGCCCGUGAACAGCUCACUCCAUCGCGAUCGAUGAAGCGUUUACUUUCUAACGAUCUUCCAGCAUCACCACCAGCGACGAAAAAUCUCUCGAACGAAGUAGAAAUCAUGAAUAAUAAUAAUAAUUCGAAUAAUCUCCAUCAAAAUGGAGAUAGUAAUGAAGCCAAAAAAGCUCGUAUCGAAAAAAGUUCGCCAUCGCGCGUUGUUCAUCUGAGAAACACUGAUGCAAGCGAACUGGAGAUUGUUCAGUUCGGACUGGCAUUUGGAAGGAUUACGAAUGUACUCAAUCUACGAAAGAAAAAUCAGGCAUUUUUGGAAUUUGACAGUAUUGAACAUGCACAAGCGAUGACAGAUUAUUUUUCUUCAUUACCGAUCUUGUUAAAUGGCCGACAGAUCUUCGUUCAAUUUUCUAACCAUCAAGAACUCAAAACAGAUCCCAAUAAUGCGAAUAAUCAACAAGCACAAGCUGCCUUACAGUCAGCCACGCUUCUUCAAGAAAUUGCCCAAGCAGGUGGACCUAAUUGUGUAUUACGUGUUGUUGUGAAUAAUAUGAUCUAUCCCGUUAAUGUCGAUACAUUUCAUCAGAUCUUUAGUAAAUUUGGUGUUGUUUUAAAAAUAAUAACAUUUACUAAAAACGAUAAAUUUCAAGGUUUAAUCCAAAUGAAAGAUGCAGCAACUGCACAAACAGCCAAAAUGAAUUUAACAGGACAAAAUAUUUACAAUGGUUGUUGUACAUUACAAAUUGAUUAUUCGAAACUGCAUGCUUUAAACGUUAAAUAUAAUAACGAUAAAAGUCGCGAUUAUACCAAUCCCAUAUUGCCAGCAAGCGAAAAUUCGAACGAGUCAAUCUCAAUUGGCGCAAGAUACCUAUCAGGCAUGCCAAAUGUUUUUGGUUCCUCCAUAAUGGCACUUGCAGGAGCGCCAUUAACAACACUUUCAGCAAUGAAUAAUGGAGCAAUUCACUUUCCAGCAUCAAAUGCCGCAAUGCUAAAUGCUAAUCAAUUAGCUCAACAAUAUACGACAGCAAUAGCAUGUUCAAAUCCUUCUGCAACAUUAUUAACCACAGCUGGUACGAACCAAUCACCAUUAUCGCUAUCGACUUUAUCUCAGCAACAUCAUCAUCAUCAUUCGCAUGCAACAGCAUCAAGUCCUUAUAUAUUUCUUUCAGCAUCAGCAUCAACAACAUCAUCUGAUGAGUUGUUCCUGCUCCAUUGA